AAUGGCCUUGAUUUUCAACAUAUCUCAGAACCAUCUGUCAAUUUUUUAGUAUUUAAAGGGUAAAUUUUCAACAAUUCUCUAUCAGUUCAACAACAUCUGGAGUUUGAAUUAAAGAAAGUUAGAGGUGAAAAAUGAAUCAGUUUGUCAAAAUUUUAAUGAUCAGUACGGUUAUUGUUUCGGCUUUGGCCACCGAUUAUUGUUCAACAAAUUUGUGCAAUAAAGGAGUGACACACGUUGCCUGUGGCAAAAAGCAAUUUGCCAGCUCAUGUCCCUCGAACGCCGCUUUCGUGACCAUCGACAACAAUCUAAAAGCCGAAAUUGUUCGUGCCCACAAUGAAAAACGUAAUUUGGUAGCUGGCGGUGGUGUCAAUGGUCUUGCACCUGCUUGUCGUAUGGCCACCAUGGAAUGGGAUGAUGAAUUAGCUAAAGUUGCUGCCUAUAAUGUCCUGCAAUGUAAGAUGUCUCAUGACAAGUGUCGCAACACUGAAACCUUCCAAUAUGCUGGGCAAAACUUGGCCUGGAGAUCAUUCUGGGGUAAACAAAGUUACAGUACACUUUUCCAAAAAUCUUUCGCCAUGUGGUAUGAUGAAGUGAAGGAUGUGAAAAUGUCUUACAUUGAUGAUUUCCCGGUUGGCUAUAGCGGACCUAUGAUUGGCCAUUUCACAGUAAUGAUGGCAGAUCGCAAUGUUCGUGUGGGUUGUGCUGCUGCCACUUACGAUGACACCAGGAUUUCUGGGGAUAGACAGAUUUUCUUGAUUGCCUGUAAUUAUGCCACAACCAAUAUGUUGGGUUUCCCCAUCUAUAAGAGUUGCAGUUCUCCCGCCUCUUCAUGCACUUCGGGUAGAAAUUCCCAAUAUCCCAAUUUGUGUUCCACAUCGGAAAAAUAUGAGGUUAAUAAGUGGUAUUAAAUAAUGAGUUCUGUUACUUUUAUUUGUUGAUUUUCUUUGUAUAAGUUAUCUGACCUUCGCAAAAUAAAACAAGUAAGCAAAGGCUACAGUCGAGCGGGGCCGACCGUUGAAUACCCUACAACACCAUAAUAAACGAUA